GAUUGAAGUGGCUUUAGAGAGAGAGAGAGCCAGGUUACUGCGGGAGGAAUCUGUAUAUCUGAGAAAACAAGCUGAUGAUUUUCAAAGGGAGGAGGAGAGACUAGGGGCUGAAGCUGAUGAUCUGGAAAAUAAGGUGGUGGAUAGAGAGUGGGAGGAACAAUUAUUGGAAAAAAGUAUUUCCGACAGUGAACAACAAUAUGAAGAUUAUGUAAAAGAAAUCGUAGAUACCGAGAGAGCUAUCGAUAUGUACAGAAAUGCUUCAAAGGAUCGACUAGAUGAGGCAGCAGUAUUCAGACAACAGGCGGCCAAAAAGAAAACUGAAGCUGAGAGGCUUCGUGGAGAAGUUUGUAUUUUGUAA